AUGCCGUCACCGGACGCGGCGGCGAGGCACACGGGCGCCGGCGUGGCGCGUCGGCAGGCCCACCACGAGCGGAUGCGCGACGAGCGCGCUCGGGAAGCGGCCGCGGGCGACGCGGAGCUUCCGCCGGAGGACGACGCGGUCGAGAUGGCGAGCGCCGCCCAGCUGCUGGACAGCGUGGCGGAGGUGGGCCCGAACUACACCCUGCUGCGCAGCAAGGAGACGAAGGCGAAGCGGCGGAAGCGACAGCGCGAGGAUGCCAGGGCGGUAAAAUGCAUCGAUCUCCCUGGGGCGACGCACGAAAUCGCCAUGCUACGAGACUUUUAA